AUGCGUGUGUCACACGCUUCCGUUGAAACCUUUGAAAACGCUGAAAGCGGUAACUACCACCAAUCUGUUGGAAAAAAAUUAUCCGGAGCGAUGAAUAACAAUUUUAACUCGCCGGUCAAGCAUGAAAUUGCUCUUAUUAACGGAGUUGCGACAAGAAUCGCGAGUGCGAGAUCUACCGAGGAAAACCUUUGCAUUGUGGUUAUACCCGGCAAUCCUGGUGGAAUCGGAUUUUAUGACAUCUUUAUUUCGACGAUUUUUCAGGCUGGAAAAGGAAAAUAUUCUGUUUACGGAGUCUCCCAUGCAGGUAUGGCUUUUGAUACCAUUUAAACGUAACAAGCAUGAAAAUAGACGAGAUUUGACUUAGAAUUGAUAGAAAAUAUUUCUCAAUCAGCAAGUUCAAAGAAAACAAAGCCUAAAAUUUCUUGAUCUCCAGUGGUGUUCCCGCGUUAUAUGUUUCUCUUUUCUCAAGCUUUUAUUUUAUUUUUUUCAGUUUAAAGAUCAUGACUUAAAAUGGUUUAAAUAUACUACUUUCGUAAAAUACCAAGAGGAGAUUUUGCGAGGGCCAAGCCAUUUUUAAAACCAUCGAUAAACUCAUUGUUGUGUUUAUAAAUGACUGCAUGAAAAAGAAAAUUUAUAUGUGACCAUCUGCUCACAGAGACAGAAAGCUCGCACAGGCCGAUUGCGAAACAAAAACCCACAAUUACUAUAAACGUUACGCUAUUCGCCGAGUUUGCGCCACAGAAAAAUUAAAAUCGGAUAGAUUUUAAUUAACAGAAGUGUCACCAUACUUUCAAUGGAGCGAUUUUCCUUUUUGGCUGCAACAAUUCAUUUUCUCAUCAUUUAUUUAUUACUAAACCUGUAAAGAACUGUAUAUAUAAAAAACUAAAAUAGCUAUUACAUUCAACACAAUCUGGUUUUGAAAUUCAGACUGUUAUUUUAAAGUCGACCCCUAUGCUGGGGAAAAUUCUAAUUUGAUUAAUUUGAAAAAAAAAAAAAAAACAGUUUUCUGUGUUUCCUGAUGUCUUGCAGUUUCUAUCUUAUUGAGAAGACUCCCGCAGAAUUUAUGAUAGUUUAUCCGCAGCGGUAAACGUGCAGAAAGGGGUCUUUAACCUGUAAACAGCCGUAAGAACGGCAAGCACUCUUCAGUUCAAACGAUUUGAUUUGGCGCUUCUAGCCCUACGAGCAGGAGUUACCAAAACAGAGCAAAACACAACUCUAGUUUUGCCUUGUAGCAAUCGUAGUUGGAUGCACGCCAGUGACAAAAUGUAAAAAAGGGUGUUAAAUAGGGCGAUUUGUUAGAGCACUAUACCCUAUCUUAAAACUGACAUUAAAGUGAUGCAAGGCUUUGAUUGGUCAGAAAUGGCAAGAACUCAACAAGAUUAUUUAAAGCAUCUUGUUAUAUUCUUGCUAUAUGACAUUACAAGAAUUACGAGUGCUCUAUCGCGCCCGUUCAGGUCAUUUUAAAAAUGUACACAAGCUACGUCACAAUGCACGACAUUUUUGGUCGCGUUAGUCUAGCAGACACUGGCAAACCGGAAAUCCAGAUUGUCUAGGAUCAGCUCCAAAAUAAGAAAAAAUGUCCCCUGAAUUUUUGGUGCAGAACCAUUUUUGAGAUAUUUUGAACAGUUUUCAGAGGUGUUUCUUAUUGUUGUUGUUUUUUAACAUUGAAAGCCUUUUAAAAACAGGUCCCCUGGUCUGUCUCCUGGUCACUCAAAUCGAAUAGCGGAAUGGCUCUUUAACUGAAACCUGCGUUCACGCGGGAUCACGGUUGUUGAGCCAUUAUUCUUCGCAUUACAACACAAUUUUAAAACUUCUUUUGAUCUUUAAUUGAUCUCGUAUCCAGGACAUGCUCAAGUUGACGACCCCAGUGGUCCAUGCAAAUGCAAAAGCGAGAAACAGUGGGAUCAAGAACAGCCAUCGUCUUUCACUCUCAGCGAUCAAAUAGAACACAAACUCGCCUUUCUUGCUUACUAUAUCCCUACGCAUUGUAGGGUGAUCCUUGUGGGACACUCCAUUGGUGCGUAUAUAGCCUUAGAAAUGCUGAAACGCUACCACGACAAAGAGAAAGUCCUCAAGUGCGUUUUGCUUUUUCCAACGAUCGAGCGAGUUGAUUCCGCUCCGAGCGGCAAAUUCUGGAAGUUUAUCUGCCAUUAUUUACAUUGGCCUUUCCUUAUGGGAACAGCGGUGGCCUCGUUUUUGCCUUCGCUUCUUCAACGCUGGGCCGUAGGCUGGUGGAUGUAUCUGAACGAAGUCGAAAACGAAGAAUGCAUCAAAAACGCCGCGCAGGCUAUGUUAAAUUACCACACGGUUAACAACGUCCUGGAGAUUGGCCGCCAGCUUACCACGAUAAAAGAACUGGACUACGAGUGCGUCCGGUUAAACCUGGACAAACUGGUUUUCUUCUACGGGCUAGGUGACCCGUGGGUGCCACAGGUUUACUACGAGGACAUGAAGGAGAGGUUCCCGGAUGGAGACAUCAAACUGUCACGUGAUAAGGACAUUAAGCAUGCGUUUGUGCUGGAUACCUCUGAAAAAGUGGCAAAGAUGGUGUGGGAAUGGAUCGAAAACCAUGUGAACGAAUAUGAGCUUGAAGACACAGUUACCAUUGUCGAACCUUGUUAGUGACUAGGCUAUUGUAUGUACUUGACAUGACUUGGGCCACAGUGAGAAAUUUAAAUAACAAAUUGAAGAAGUUACUUUAUUUAAAAGUAAAAAAUGACACAAUAUAUAUUGUAAAAUACCUAUACAGUUAUAUUCGGCAUCGAAGUGUUCACCGACGGAAUAGCCCUCUUUAGCUUGUAUGUUUCCCAAUGUUGGUCUCGAGAGAAUUUGCCCCUUUGUCUUUUCAUAAAUUAUGCGUACAUGUCCAGGUGAAUAAGACAAAAUUUGUAAGAAACAGUUCUUUAGAGUAUCAUCAUAUGACCUACAUAGGGAAAACAAAACAUAGAAGCUAAAGAGAGCUAUUAACGAAGUCUGCGUGGUAGAAAUUUUUUAGUGUGAGACUAUACGUAACAUUGGAAUACUCGGAUACCCAAUGAAAAAAUUCUGGCCAAGGGCAUCGUGGAAACGCAUCG